AAAAAAAAAACUGGACUCUCGUGACUUAUUUUGUUGUUGCAGCCGUUCACUCGAAUGCGUGACAACUACGCGCUUAUGUGACGCGUGGAAGCUCUAGUUCCGCGUUGCGCUGUCACUCUCUUUGUCGGUCCUCAUCUCUUUUUUUUCUGCAUUUGCUUCCUCUCUCCUCUUGUCCACUAAUCUUGACUAAUUAUUUAACUAAUCACACUGUAAUAAUAACCCUUAACAAAUCUCCACAAAAUCACCUCUUAUAAAGAAGACUCAACUUCUCCUAAAUCUUAACCCUUAUUUCGUUCCAAUCUAAUCUAAUCUAAUCUAAUCUCUCUCUCUCUCUCUCUCUCCCUCAAUCUCUCAUUCUCCGAUUAUGACAGACGACAGAGUUUACCCUGCUUCUAAACCUCCCGGCAUCGUCGGCGGCGCAACAGCUAAUCCAACUUUCCCGGCGAACAAAGCUCAGCUCUACAGCGCAAAUCGUCCCGCUUACCGUCCACCAGCUGGUCGCCGCCGUAGUAGCCACAGCCGUGGAUGUUGCUGCCGUUGCUGCUGCUGGACUAUUUUCGUAAUCAUCCUCUUGCUCCUCAUCGUCGCCGCCGCAUCAGCCGUCGUGUACCUAAUCUACCGUCCUCAGCGACCGAGCUUCAGCGUCAAUUCACUCAAAAUCUCGUCACUCAAUUUCACCUCCGCCACUCACCUCACCACCGCUAUUUCCCUCUCCGUGGUCGCCAGGAACCCCAACAAAAACGUCGGAUUCAUCUACGACGACACAGACAUCACACUCUACAAAUCAUCCACCGGAGGUGAUGAUGACGAUGUGGUCAUCGGCAAAGGAACGAUCCCGUCGUUUGUUCACGGGAAGAAGAACACUACUAUGCUUAGAUCUACGAUCGGAAGUCCUCCGGGAGAUCUCGAUGAGAUAUCGGCGGGUAAGCUUAAAGGAGAUCUGAAGGCGAAGAGAGGAGUAGCGAUUAAGAUAGUUCUGAAUACCAAGAUUAAAGUGAAGAUGGGAUCUCUGAAAACUCCUAAAUCAGGAAUUAGAGUCACUUGUGAAGGGAUCAGAGUGGUGCCGCCGACUGGGAAGAAGGCGACUACAGCUGUUACCUCCGCCGCUAAGUGUAAGGUUGAUCCAAGAUUCAAGAUCUGGAAAAUUACUUUCUAAAUUUAGAAAAAAAAAACACACAAACAAAAUGGAAUCACAUUCUUAGUUUUCUCUUUCAUUUUCCAAUUUCUUUUAUUAUUAUGAAUCCAUUGUUUCAAUUUUCGUUUUCUCUUUUUUUUUUUUUAUAAAAAAAAUUGAUUUCAUAUACAGUUCUUCGAUCGAUUCCUGUAAGACUUUUUAUUUUAUUAUUAUUUUUUGGUUUAUGUAAAUGAAGAUAUAAAAUAUUUGUGUUCGGUCUGAGA